AGAAAGGAGCGAAGGGUGUCGUUGCGUACGUGGGUAUGACAGCAUUUUCCCCAGGAAAGUGGAUCGGCGUGAUACUGGAUAAGCCGAAGGGUAAAAACAACGGUACCGUUCAAGGUAAGGAGUACUUUCGAUGCGAGGAAAACCAUGGAAUCUUUGUCCGACCCUCGCAGGUUGUUGUACUGGAUGGCAGCGGUUCGUCAUCAGCAGACAGUACUUCUGCGGAUCGCAGCAAGAUACCGAUGAAAAUUUCCGCUUUACGCAAACCGCGCAGUUACGGCAAGUUAUUAAACAAAGAAGAUGAAGGACAUGAGCAGCACAGCAUGCUUCGACGUCCGUCGAAAUCAGCCGUUUCUUUGAAACUUACCUCAUCGUCAGAAAAAUUAAAAGAAAGUUUGGUGGAAGUUAGCGGCGGAAGUUCGAGCAACGAGAACGUUUCUGUACGAAGCACUAUAUCUUCAGACGUCGUUUCGCCUGUUGACACUUCAGGCGAUCUGCCAAAGUCGUUCGUAUCUGAAAAAGUGGCCCAGCUGGAGGCAAGAGAUAUUGAAAGAACCGCAGCGGAAUCAGGUGCUUGGUUACCACCAAGCAACAUGUCAGAAUCAGUCGAACUGGAAUAUUUGCGCAACGAAGUACGAGAUCUGACCAGUAAGCUCGAAACGCUGCGCAUCAAGCGCCAGGAGGAUAAACAAAAGUUCGUGGAAUUCGAAAAGUGCAAAAUUCAACUUCAGCAGCUGAAGGAAUUUAAGUUGAAGAUCACAGAGUCGAACGCGGAGUUACAGCGGCAGCUGCAGCAAGCAAAGAAAGACGCAAAGGAGGCGAUGGAAGCAAGAGAGCAGUUUCAGACGGAGGGACCAGACGUCGCGGAGAUGAUAGAGAUGGCGACAUUAGAUAAAGAAAUGGCCGAGGAGAAGGCGGAAAUGCUUCAACAGAAGCUAGCUACGAUGGAAGAGCAUUUGGUCGACGUUGAAUCUGAGUUGGAGAUGAUCAAACGCGAAAUUUCCGAAAAAGGAGUCGAAUUCAUGUCUUCUAAUCUUCAUGAAAAGCAGCUAGAAGAACAGAACGAGAGGCUUAGAGAGGCACUUGUGAGGAUAAGGGACAUAUCGACUCACGACAAGCGGCAAAUCCAGCGCCUCAUGAAAGAGAUUCAAAGUGUGAAGGACAGUUCGAUGGAAAUACAACGGAAGAAUGAGAACUUCACUCGGGACGUCGAAAACUACGAACGACUGUUGUCAGAGUUGAAGGAGCAGGUGGACGUAGCCAUGGGUGCUGAGGAAAUGGUGGAACAGCUCACAGAAAAGAAUCUACAUCUAGAAUCGAAAUUAAGAGAGACCGAAGAAUCGAUCGAAGACUAUGAACAGAUGCACCAAAUUGAUGAGGAAAUGCAUGAAGGUCUUAAGGAGAGCAUGAAGGAGUUAAACCUCGAGUUGGACAAGUCUAAUUGCGCUCUCAACGAGGCAAUGCAGUGGCCAAUUUCUUUUAGCUAUCAUUAUCUAAAGCGUGAGCUCGAAAAGUCUCAAUCGCAGGUUAUAGAGAAGGACAGUAUCGUUUGCAAGUACAGAGAACGAACGGCUCAACUGCAGCAAGAACUCGACAAUUGCAAGGAAGAGAUUGAGCGCUUAAUUGGUGCUGCCCAGAAGCAGAGCGAGAAAGAAUGUCUGUUUCCUGGCAAGUUUAAUCUACUGCAAACGCGGGCCUGGUCUGAGUGUCCGAUGGCUGAAGAUGGCAUCAAGAAGGAACACGUGUUGCAGUCUCAUAAGGCCGAGCUGUGGUCGUUUCUGUCAAAGUUUCGUUAUUAUAUUAACGCCUUGGCCGUUAUGCUUUAUAAAUUUCAGAGCGCGCUUCUGCAGUGCAGCGUUGAGCGUCUCUCCACAUUAGCACAGCUUCGACUGGAAAUAUGUAACCAGGAGAAGUCGAUCGACUAUUAUUUUGAAGUUUUCAAGCGAAAUGACGUUGACGAAAAAACGUCAUUAGACAACUUGCAGAAGGCGAUCGCCUAUUUUAAGGCUAGUUCAAGGCUUUUCGACUCGCAUUUGGAAAUUGAAACGUUCAAUUCGAUGCAGCCUCUGAAAAUAGUCGAGGAGAGUUUGGGUAGCGUGAUUGAAGUUGCUGACUUGUUUUCUCACCUGUGUUCUCAAAUCGAGUCUCGUAGCAGCAUGUUGCCCGGUGAGUUAUGAAC